AUGGCUUUGAACACAGAAACCAGCCAACCUACUACCGCCCCCACUACUGUGGAGGAAGAACAGCACCAACAAACAGAACAAGUAGCCAAUCCCCAGCACGAUGUGGAGGCUGGCCACACCCCUGUCUCCUCAGAACAAGUGAGGUCUGACCAGCAAGACCCGCCCCCUGCUUCUGAACCCACCUCUGUUGCAGACCCUGAUACCCAGAAAGACGACCCACCAGUGGGCCAACUGACAGUGAUCAGCGAAAAGAUGGAAAUAAGUAAUGGCGUUUGUCCUAACGCUAUAGAGGUUUCACCUCCUGCCUCCACACGCUCUUCUCCUCCACGCCAGCAGCACGCCAAACCUGGACACGGCCCCGCCCACCACCUGAACGGGCGCGCCCGCCUCGGAAGCCGCUCGAGCUCGGUGAGCCACGUGGGCUCCCCGCGCCCGUCUUUGACCCGACAGCCCAGCGCUGCCACGGACCCGGCAGGAGACGGGUCCAAACCCAACGAUUACCUCAUUCUGGCCAUCUUGGCCUGCUUCUGUCCUGUGUGGCCAAUCAACAUUGUGGGACUGACGUUCUCUGUGAUGUCUCGUAACAGCCUGCAGCAGGGGAACGUGGACGGAGCCCGUCGCCUGGGACGAAACGCAAAGGUCCUGUCAAUCGUCUCACUGGUGGGCGGGUUCCUCAUCAUCGCCGCUGCCAUCGUCAUCAACUGGGGACGUGAGUGUCCUGUUACUGGGAUCUGGGUCUGA